UCGCAGGACCACCCUCCCCCACGAUGUGUGCCGCGUGCCGGCGAGCGAACCUUAUCGGCCGCCUCUUCCUCGGUCGCAGAUGCUGAGGCGGGCCAUGGCGCUGGCGCUGACCCUCGCCGCGGCUGCCAUGUGGGCCCCGCCGCGCACCAGCCACGCGUGCUCCUCCGCCGCCGGCCGCGUGCCGCACGUGACGGGCGGCCACUCGAAGAGACGCCUCGUGGGGGUGGUGGGGCCCGCCUGCCACUCCUCUGGUUCCACUUCCGCUUCCAAGUCCACCACGCGCGGUCCAAUCGCCUGCCGCCGCCCCGACGCCACCGGAGCCCCAAUGGCCGCCGCCGCCGCCGCCGGAGACCUGAGGUCGGAGUAUCUCGAGGUGCUGCUCAGCCGCCGCCGCGAACGCCAAGUGCCUAUGGCCGUGGAGCAAGGGAGUCCGGUGAAGGAGCCGCUGUACCAAGGCAACGGGCCUCUGGGACUCAGAGAGGCCAUGGAGUCGUGCCCGAGGAAGGAGGUGGACAACUUCCAGGAGAAGCUGGUCGAAGAAAAUUUCUACCUGAUGACCGAGUCAGGUGAACAGGGACGCCUACCUGUACUUCUACUGAAACUUAAUGACACUGCUCCUGAAAGAAAGCCCGUUGUUGUAAUACUGCACAGCUCUUACAAAUGCAAGGAGUGGUUGCGCCCACUGCUUGAGGCAUAUGCCUCCAGGGGUUAUAUUGCUGUCGCCAUUGAUUCUCGUUAUCACGGUGAAAGGGCCAGCAGCAAGACUACUUACAUAGAGGCACUGAAUUCAGCUUGGAGGAAUGGAGACACUAUGCCUUUUAUUUUUGACACGGUGUGGGACUUGAUAAAGCUUGGAGAUUAUCUUAGUGCAAGGGAGGAUGUCGAUCCCUCUAGGAUAGGGAUUACUGGUGAAUCACUCGGAGGAAUGCAUGCAUGGUUUGCUGCUUUUGUGGAUACACGGUACAGUGUUGUUGUUCCAAUAAUUGGUGUUCAGGGAUUUCAAUGGGCAAUAGAUAAUGACAAGUGGCAAGCUAGAGUUGAUAGCAUUAAGCCUUUAUUUGAAGAAGCAAGAAUUGAUUCAGGGAAGAGUGAAAUAGAUGCAGAGGUUGUGAAAAAGGUUUGGGACAAGAUAGCACCUGGUAUGGCUUCACAGUUUGAUGCUCCCUACUCAGUUCCUCUGAUUGCACCACGUCCGCUCCUCCUCCUAAAUGGUGCUGACGACCCUCGUUGCCCAGUCCUUGGUCUACAAGAACCUGCCUCCAAAGCUACUGAGGCUUAUGCAGAAGCUGGUUCUGCGGAUAAGUUCAAGUUCAUCGCGGAGCCGGGAGUCGGGCACAGGAUGACCGCGAGCAUGGUGAAGGAAGCGAGCGACUGGUUCGACCGCUUUCUCUAGUUGUUCUCGACGGUCACCAUGGCGGCUCACCUUGUACGAGUACCAUGCAUGCCUCAUGAAGUGCAUGUCCUCAAUAAAUUGAACUCGCUAUGGAUUGCAUUCCUGCUGACCGAGACCGGAAUCAGUUAGCCUAGCCUCAUCAUCAUUACCAGUGGUACUACUACCUAAUCUCUAUGCUAGUGAGAUGUGGAACAGAAA